CGGCACGGCGGGGCCGGGGGCCCGGCGGGGCGGCAUGCCCGGGGCGGCGGGGCGGUAGCGGCGGCGCCGAGUCCGUGCCGGGGCGGCGGGAGCGGCGAUGCGGCUGCUCGGCGCCUUCCUGCGGCUGCUGGUGGCCGGGGCGCUGGGGGCGCCGCCCGCCCCGGCCCCGGAGGCGCGGGGGACAGCCAGCGCGGAGCCGCCCGUCCUGACCUUUCGGGAGAUCUGGAAUCGUAGUUUCUGCCGGCCUCUGGAGCAGCUGGUGGACGUCAUUACCGAGUUCCCCAACGAGGUGGAGUACAUUUUCAGACCCUCCUGCGUCUCCCUGCAGCGCUGCGGAGGCUGCUGUGGGGACGAGGGUCUCCGCUGCGUCCCCGUGGAGACAAGCACGGUCACCAUGCAGCUCCUGAAGAUAAAGCCAAAUGGGGAGGCACCCUACGUGGAGAUGGCGUUCACCGAGCACAAGCAGUGCGAGUGCAGGCCCCGGCAGGACCUGAUGAGGUUGGGAAGGAGGAGGUCCAAGGGCCGAGGUAAGAGAAGACAAGACAAGAAGAGACGUAAAGACUGUGAACUAUGUGGCACGCCACGCAGGUAGCCUCCGCUCUGCCCCUGGCCUCGCUCCUGCUGCCUGGGUUUGAGCCAGCUGUGUUUCCCCCCAGCAUGGGGGGCUUGUGGAGCUGUGCCCCUCCAAGCAGUGGUGGGGAACAGGACUCCGGCAGGGGAGAGCUGACUGGACUCUUGCUUGGCCCUGGUGGGAACGCAGCCUGGAACCGAGGACUCCCUUGCCCUGUCUGCACCAUCGGCGGCAGCAGGACAAGAGGACCCAUGACCAGGCCUGGGGCUGAAGAUGAGGAGCUCAAGCAGCGUGUUGGUGUUUGAUGGCGUCCUGGGGGCAAUGAGGAGCGGAGCUGGUGGAUGUGCUGCUGGAGCUGGCUGGGGACAGCAUGAUGUGGGGGGCGAGUGGAGGCAGCUCGGAGGGCUGCAGCUGCAAAACUGCUGUGUUCUGCCAGCGCCCUGCAGCUGGGGAGGAAGGAAACCUGGGGCAGGCAAGGCUGCAAGGCUGUGUCUGUCCCAGCCUUGGCACAGGUUAGCCCAUGAGGGAGCCAGGGAGCUUGCCUGGUGGGGAAGGGGAGGGAAUUUGGGUUGCCAGGGCUCCUCAUACUCACAGCCACAUCCCAGCCUUGCCCUGCUCAAUAAAACCUGGUGGUCAGAUGCAGGAGCUGGCAGUGUGAGCAAUCCUGUCUGCUUUCUAGCAGCUGCAGGCAGGGCUCUUCCCCAUGGGCACCCACCCAGACUGGAGGAGGGCAUCCUGUGGUGGCCCAGGGCUUGUCCCCAGCACCAACUCCUGCAGCAGCCAAGGGGCUGCCUGUGGUGUGAUGCUGGAGAUGGGCAACCAGCAGGUCAGGAGCAAGCUGCUGGGGGUUACCCGUGUGCUGGAGCUCAGGGGGGUACUGGGAGACCUUGGAGGGAACUGCCCUUCUCCUCUACACCAUGGUGUGGUGCUGGUACGUCUCCCUGUUUACCAUGCCCAUCUUGUUCUCACCCCAGUCCGAGUGUCUGGCUCACUGUCCUGUGGCUUUCCUUCUCCCUCACUGGGCUGAUGUAAGGUUAGGGCAGCGGUGGGCAGGCAGCCCAUGGGCGUUCCCACCCAGCAAACACCCCACCAAGACUCAUUCACCCAGCAUGGGGACAGGCUGGCCUGGGGGCCUAUCUCUUACGGGGAACAUCCUGGGGUUUGUCGGGGACUGGUGGCCCUCAUUGAGGUGGCUGUGGGUGCUGCUGUUUCCUGCUUUCCCCGCUCAGUCAGGUCUGUGCCCAGGUGUGGGGGGCAGCCCCAGCCCUCGCUUCUGCGUGCCCUAAGCAGUGUCCCUGGGGCUUUUCCUCUCCCCUUUCCUGCCUGUGCUGCGGGGGGGCUGGGGCUGGCUGCCAAGCGCAUCCUGUGCUGCUCCGUGCAAGCUGUACCCUGGAGCAGCGCACACUGGUGGAAACCCUAAGGGCGAGUUGGGCACCAGCAUGCUCGGGGGCACCCCUGGCAUGGGUUUAACACAAAAUCAAGGGUUAUUGAAAGCUUCAGGCAAACAGCUAGAGGGCAAGAUGUGCAAAGGAUUCAGCGUUACCAUCGAAUGAGGUGACCCGUGGUUUAUCCUGCACUGAGGAAGAAGAGUGGGGCCUAACAUAGCAGGUGUUGGGGUCCAAGGCAGCUCCUGCCCACAUCUGACAUGGUAGCAUGUAGCCAGGGCAGGGUCCCUCAGAGCCAUAAUGCUGGUGCUGCCUGGGGCUGGCACAAGGACGUGGGGACAGGGCAGGUCCUGUGGCAGUGGUACCCUGGCAGGGAAAGCCAGUGGUGGUCGUUGAGGCAAUGUGAAUCUCCACGCUGCCACCACGCAACGUGGCAUGGACUGGGUGAGUUGCACCUAUGCAGCUGGGCACAUCCUCCAGGAGCCUGCUGGAUCCGUUUUGGACCCCAUUCCGCUUCUGGCAUCCACAGUGUCCUGGGGCACAGCCUACAUGGACUCUGCCUCAACAAUGACCCAUGAAGCUCCUCCAUGGCUGCCUCACAGAUGAGGGGGACUUGCUGCUCCCCUUCCUGGGUCAGGAUCUGCAUGGGCCACAUGGCACCCUAGCUCCGGCGGCCUGUCCUGGUCCGUGUAGGCUCUUGCCAACCCUGCGUGCCAUUUCAGCCUGGCUGGUUGUGCUUUGAGGCUAAGGAGAACUGUGUGCAGCACUCGAGGGAUGUACGUGAUGGUUUCUGUAUUGUUUUUAACAGUAAAACUUUCACCGCGGUAGUAUUAAACCUUUAAGAAGGAAGUUACAUAAACCCAAGGAUGUUAAUGAAUAAAAA